AUGUCCGAUUCUAUCAACUUCUUCAAAGGACAUCCAACGGUCGAAUUGUUGCCCAAUCGGGAACUCGCUGAUGCUUUCAAAAAGGUCUUGGUCGACACAGACUAUCCCGACGCAGACUACGAAAACGAUCCCAACAAUAGGCAUCCACUCCAGUACGGAUCGGAUCCCGGAAACUUGACUGUAAGGCAGGAAGUCAUAAACUGGAGCAGUCGGAAGUAUGGCCGCGUUGAUGGUGUCGAUGCUGAUACUGUCAAUUUGACCAACGGAUCUUCUUUUGGUGCGUUUUCCGUUCUUUCGGCGUGCACCAGCCCAGCAAUAACCAAACAUGCGUUCUUGGUGUCUCCAACGUACUUCCUCAUUAACUACUCGUUUGCCGAUUUCGGUCUCGAUGGCCACAUGUCAGCAGUGAUGGAGACUCCGGGCGCCGAGUACGAGAUCGACUUGGCACUGCUUGAGUCGAAGCUUCACCAGCUAAAUGAGCAGUAUGGUUUGGAACAGGUCUCGGACAAGGAGAUCAACGUCGUUGAUGAUCCAACCUCUCGCGGACCUCGGAAGUUCUACCGCUAUGUGAUGUAUUUGGUGCCAACGUUCUCGAACCCUGGUGGUUUGACGUAUAGCACGAAAACCCGCAUGAAGCUCUUGGAAAUCGCCCGUAAGAACGACUUGCUUAUCAUUUCCGACGAUGUCUACGACUUUUUGGGCUACACUGAUGCCAAACCGCCUCUCAAAUUCAACCAUUUGGACGCCGAUACGCUUCCAUCCGGCUGGAAAUUCGGCAACACCGUUUCUAACGCAUCCUUCUCGAAAAUCAUUGCGCCGGGCCUCAGGGUGGGCUGGCACGAGUCGCCCACAAAAUAUUUGGCCCACCAAUUGGCUACAAUUGGUCCGGUGAAGUCGGGCGGCACUCCAUCGCAGCUCAACACUUUCGUAGUGCAAGAGUUGAUUCGGAGCGGCAAGCUAGACACUAUAAUCACAAAAUUGGUCUCUGUUUACAGGGCAAGGUCUAAAGUCAUGUUGGAUUCUCUUCGCAAGUACCUUCCCCAGAAAUACACCGAGAUUUGUGGAGGACAAGGCGGGUACUUCGUGUGGGUUGGACUUAGAGCAGAAAACAUCAACUUGGCGGAUACGAUUACAAAAUUGCAUAAAGACUACAAUGUAGUCAUCGCAGACGGCUCGAAUUUCGAGGUCACCGGCGACGACAAGGGCUGGGGAAGAACAAACGCCAGGCUAUGCGUUGCGCUUCUCUCAGAAGAACAGAUCGAACGAGGAAUAGAGUUGUGGGGCAAGACUAUCCGGGAAAUGUAUCCACAUUUGUAUUAA